AUGUGUUCCACCACUAGGGAGAAUCGCCGCCUGGGAAUUACAAAACACGAGAAGUAGCGAUGUCGUUCAGCAAUUUGUUAAUGAAAAGCACCGCUAACCCGGGUGUGUUCCUUACGGUCACUCGACAGGGUCAUGUGCUGCGCGGCAAGCCACCAGGAGUGGCGCGUACCCUGGAGCAGCGACUACGAGAGGAGACUGUCACAGAUGUUGAGGUGGCGGCCAGAGUCAAUAUUGGUUUCCCCCAGCUGAAGGAGUCGCGAUCUGCCCAACUUAAGACGCGCCUGGAACACCUGAAAGCCCAGAGGGCUAGCAAGCAGCUGGAACAGCUGGCCAGGAACAAUAAGCUUCUCAUUGACCUGGACAAGGUGCAGCAGAUUUAUGUAAAGACCACGGGCCAACACGAUCUGCGGCUGCUGGCGGAUCACUACGGUGUCUUCGAACAUCUCUAUGGCAGUGCCUACUUUGUGCCACGAGUUCCUCUCACUAUAAACUACCAACUGGGCGAGGGGCUACUGUCUCCUGUCCAUAAUGGCAAUGUUAUCAAGCCGGCGGAGGCCCUCAAGGCUCCCGAGAUAAGCUUCGAUGGAAAGAUAGAUCCUAUAACAGGAAAAACUGCGACUGGAGAUACUUACUGGACUCUGGUGGCAACUAAUCCGGAUGCACACUACAGCCAACAGGCAACUGAGUGCCUGCACUGGUUUAUUGCCAACAUACCCAAUGGACAGGUUAAGGAGGGUCAGGUGCUGGCAGAGUACUUGCCACCGUUUCCGCCACGGGGUGUGGGCUACCAGCGCAUGGUCUUUGUACUCUACAAGCAGGAUUCCCGUUUGGAUCUCAGCUCCUAUCAGCUGGCGGAGCAGGACUACGCCAAUCUCGAGAAGCGCAACUUCAGCACAUUGGACUUCUAUCGCCAGAACCAGGAGCAGCUGACGCCAGCUGGAUUGGCCUUCUUCCAAACCAACUGGGAUGAGUCCCUGACGCAGUUCUACCACAAUGUCUUGAAGCUCAAGGAGCCCGUCUACGAGUAUGACUUUCCAAAGGCCUAUUUGUCUGACCAGAAGUUCUUCCCUCUGAAGCAGCCCUUCAAUCUUUACAUGGACAAGCACCGCGACCAAAAGGUCCUCAACAAGGAGUAUCUGGAACGCAAGCUGGCGCAGACGCAUCCUUUCGAGGGACCCGAACAGCCACUCCGCUAUCCCAAUGCCCAUGCCAUUCGCGACGUUCCGUCCUGGCUGAGGACCGAGAUCCGGAAACGGCGCCUGGGACAGGGACGCGUGCAGGACUACUAAUAAGUCGUUAGUGUUGAUUUGUUUUAAUUAUAAUUCACUGGAAGUACAUGAGUGUCGUGUUGAAGUA